UGGACCUGGCGGGUCCCAUGAUGAGAGGGUGGGUCCUGCUCCUCGCCAGGCUCCAAGCCGUGCUCCUGGCCCUGGCACCAGUGACAGCCCAGAAGAGGAGCCAAGAGACCUGCGUCAACGUCUACGCAGCUGACAUAGUGUUCCUGGUGGACGGCUCCUCCAGCAUCGGCCGGGCCAAUUUCCGAAUGGUUCGAGCCUUCAUGGAGGACCUGGUCAGGCCCUUCGUCCAUGUGGUGGGGGAAAAGGCUGUGCGGUUCGGGGUGGUGCAGUACAGCGAUGACCCCCGGGUGGAGUUCAGGUUCUCUGAUUAUUCCAACGGGACGGCAGUGAGGAAGGCCAUCCAGCAGCUGAGCUACAAGAGCGGGAACACACGCACUGGUGCCGGCCUCCGAUACGUCACUGACAACUUCUUCAGCCCUGCUCAGAUCCGGCAGAGUGUCCCAAAGGUCUGCAUCCUCAUCACGGAUGGCAAAUCCCAGGAUGAUGCUGAGCAACCAGCCACGCGGCUGAAGAACCAGGAUGUGAAGGUCUUUGCUGUGGGGAUCAAGAACGCGGACCGUGGGGAGCUCAUCAGGGUGGCCUCCACCCCCACCGAGGACUAUUUUUUCUAUGUCAAUGAUUUCAAGAUCCUGGGAACCCUUUUGCCCCUGGUGUCCCGUAGGGUGUGUGCCAGCACUGGAGGAGUCCUGCAGACCACAGGCCAGCAGGUGUACAGUGGCCCGGCUGACCUGGUCUUCAUUGAGCAGGGCACUGACCUGCUAAAGAUCCGCUGGGCUGCAGCAGGCGGUCCUGUCACGGGAUACAGAAUCCACUAUCUGCCGCUCACUAGCUUGGGGCAGCAGAUCAUGGCAGAGAUGAAGGAGAUCAACGUUGCCCCCAAGGAGACGAGCGUUGUGUUGCGUGGGCUGAGGCCAGGGACAGAGUACCUAGUCACCAUCAUCGCCCAGUAUGCUAAUAGUAUCGGUGAAUCGGUCUCCGGCAGAGGACGCACCCAGCCCCUCCCUGGAGUGGUGAAUUUCCGAGUGGUGGAAGCUGGACCCUCUUUCCUCCGUCUGGCUUGGGAAACUGGCCUGGGUUCCUUGCAGGGCUACAGGCUCACCUAUGGCGCUCGAGGUGAGGCUCAGGUGGAGGAGAUGAGCCUGGGGGCCAACGCUUUGUCUGCUGUACUCAGCAACCUGCGUCCCAAUACUGACUACGUGGUCACCCUCUACCCCCGCUACUUGCAGCAUACGGCAGCUCCAGCUGUGGCCAACGCCAGGACCUUGCGAAUGGAAGGGGUGACAGAGUUGACAGUUCAGAGCAUCUCUUGGGAUCGCAUGCUGGUGGUCUGGCGAGGCGUGAGGGGAGCUACUGGAUACCGGGUCUCCUGGAGCACUCUUUCAGGCCAGGAUGUUCGGAAAGUGGAUGUGGACAGCAGCAAGAAUUCCUACCUGCUGACAGGCCUGCAGAGCAGCACAGAUUACCUGGUGCACGUCUCGCCACUCUAUGGGCAGAGUGAAGGACCCAAAGCAUCCGUGACAGGGAGAACAGAAAUAAGCCAGACCUUGCGAGCCACUUUCCUGGGCCCAACGUCCAUCCAGUUGGUCUGGAACAUCAUCCGUCCUGCACGUGGGUACCGGCUGGAGUGGAAAAGAGUAGCAGGAGUGGAGGCCCCCCAGGUUUUGUCUCUGCCCCCCAGCGUCAACACCUACGAGCUCAAAGGCCUUCAGCCUGAAACAGAGUACCACAUCACCCUGUACACACUGUUUGACACGAUGGAGGUGGCUACAGAUGUAACCACUUCUGAGAUAGAUCGGUCUCUGGUGGGCAGUGUGUCCAACCUGCGGAUCCUGGAGACGGUGGGGAGAAGGGUCCGGCUGGCCUGGCUGGGGGUCCCAGGUGCCACUGAGUACAAGAUCGUGGUGCGCAACUCCCAGGAUGGCACUGAGAGGAUGAGGCGGAUCCCAGGCAGCCAGACCACAUUGGACCUCGACGACUUGAAGGAGGGUGUUGUCUACGUGGUGCGCGUGUCAGCCCUGGCCGGUAGCCAGGAGGGCAGUGCUGCCUCCCUCAGCAUCCGUCUGGACUCAUCACCAGUGGGCAGCAUCACCAACCUGCAGGUGGCAGAGGUUGGCUCUAACCAGCUGCGGGUCAUAUGGCAAAGGCUCCCUGGGGCUACAAGUUACAAGCUGACAUGGCGAUCGGCUGAUGGACAGGAGAUCUCUCGGGUGCUGUCACCCGACACGACGUCCUUCACCAUUGAAGGGCUCCAGGCCAAGACCGACUACAUCAUAGGGGUCUCAGCCCUGGUGGGCAGCAGGGAGGGCAGCCCCGUCACUAUUGUUGCUAGAACAGCUCUGGAGGAGGUGGGGAUGGUCUCCGGCCUCAGGGUCUUUGCGCCCAGGAGCAACAUUAUCCGAGUCGCCUGGGCCGGGGUGUCCGGGGCCACGGCCUACCGGGUGGUGUGGAGCCGGCAGGAUGGGGGCCCUGAGAGCAGCAGGGUGGUUCCUGGCAACACCAGCUCCUUUGACAUCCUGAACCUGGAGGGUGGCGUCACCUACAUCGUGAAGGUCACAGCACUGAUCGGCAACCGUGAGAGUAACCCUGUCUCCAUCACUGUUACCACGCCAGCGGAGGUGUCUCCGCCCCAGCCCGUGGGGAACUUUCAGGCCUUUGACCCUUCAGAUCAGCGCAUCCGUCUUUCCUGGACCCCGGUGCCUGGCAGCACUGGCUACCGCCUCAGCUGGCGCUCAGCAGAUGGUGGGCCUGAGAGGAGCCAGGUGCUCCCAGCCAGCCUUGAUACCUACAACAUAGAGGGCCUGCAGGCAGGAAAGCGCUACGAGAUCCGCAUCAUCAGCUUGGUGGGCAGCCAGGAGAGCAAGCCUGUGGCCAUCACGGCCACUACUGCCUUAGGCCGAGUCACCAACUUCCAUGUGGCAGAGACCCGGGAUGAUUCUGCACUGCUAACCUGGACUCCUGCGCCUGGUGCCACUGGCUACAUCCUCACCUGGAACAGCCCCACAGAGGGAGGUGAGAUGAAAACAACUCUGCCUGGGUCAGCGACCUCCCACCAGGUGUCUGGGCUGCGGCUGGGAGGCAGGUACACCUUCAGCAUCCGACCCAUGUAUGGUAGUGCCGUGGGUGCGGCCUCCUCCCUCACCGAGCGCCAAGUUUGCAGGGGUGGCCGUAGCGACAUCAUCUUCCUGGUACACGGCACCCAGGACAGCGCCUUCAGUGCUGGAGCCGUUCGCGCCUUGCUUGCCAGUACUGUGUCUGCUCUGGGCCAGCUGGGGCCUGACGCCACCCAGGUGGGCCUGGUGGUUUACAGCUACCGCAGCCGCCCCUGGAUCCUCCUGCCCUAUGAAGAGCCCAGUGGCAACGCAAUGGGCGCAGCCAUCAACUUUGCCAGGUCAUACAUGCUGAGCCCCAGCGCGGGGCGCCGACUGGACGUGCCGGCAGUGCUGGUGGUGCUGGCCGACAGCCCGUCAGGUGAUGACGUCAUUGGGCCAGCCAGGGAAGCCAAGGCUGCAGGGAUCCAGGUGCUGGCAGUGGGCAUGGAAGGUGCAGACCGGGAGCAGCUGCGCCGCAUCGUCACAGAUGACAACCCCCGCUAUGUCCUCUCUGCUGCAGACUCACGGGCAGCCUCACUGGGGCUGGAGGAUGAGCUUGCCAGCUCCCUCUGCCGGAUAAUUGACAUCCCGGGGCCAAGGCCACAGCCCUGCGUGACACAGUGUCCCAAGGGUGAGAAGGGGGAGCCCGGCAACAUGGGACCGAAAGGACACAUGGGGCUGCCUGGCCCCCCUGGAGAACCGGGGCGCAAUGGGCUGCCAGGCCCUCAGGGGCCUGCAGGACCACGGGGUGCCCCCGGCCAGGUGAUCGAGCAACCAGGCAAGAAGGGGGAGAGGGGAUUCCCAGGAGCAGAUGGGGUGCCAGGAAGCCCUGGUCGCCCUGGCAACCCUGGUUCUCCCGGCCAGCCAGGCAGCCAAGGUAUUCCAGGCUCCAGAGGGGAACCUGGACCGCGGGGCCCUGUGGGGCUUUCUGGGCCCAAGGGAGAGAGAGGCGAGCCGGGGGAGCCUGGUGUAAUCGUGGAUGGAGGAGGGGGGCUGCCUGGGCGGAAAGGAGAGCCGGGCACUCCGGGAAGCCCUGGGCCUCCCGGAAACCCUGGCCCCAGAGGAGCAUUUGGUGACCCAGGACCUUCUGGACCUCCUGGGCUUCCGGGGCCAGCAGGACCUCCUGGAGACUUCGUCAAGGGGGAGAAGGGUGACCGCGGCGAACGAGGCCCCCCAGGGCUGAUUGAUGGGGAAGCACCCAGAGGAGAGCCAGGUGUCCCGGGCCUGUCUGGUGACCCUGGGCCCCGGGGACCUGCAGGGCUCCCAGGACAGAAAGGAGAGAAGGGUGAUGGAGAGGAAGGUUUUCCAGGGCCGCCCGGCCGUCAAGGGGAUCCAGGAGAUCGGGGUCCGCGGGGACCACCAGGCGAGCAAGGACGGAAGGGAGACCGGGGGCUUCCAGGAGAGACUGGAGAAGCAGGGGAAAAGGGAGAUCGUGGACCCCCAGGGCCUGAAGGGGAGAAGGGGGAGCCCGGAGGUCCAGGCCGCUUGGGCCCAUCUGGCAGAGAGGGAUUGCCAGGACCAGCCGGUCCACGAGGGGAAAAGGGAGAUCCAGGAGUUCCUGGGGAACCUGGGAGGCCGGCUGCCAGCAUCUCUGGUAUCAAAGGAGAGAAGGGUGACAAAGGUCCUGCAGGACCAGAGGGCCCCCCUGGCUCCAAGGGAGACCCUGGAAAUAAAGGAGACCGCGGCCCCAUUGGAUUAAGCAUCUCUGGCCCACCCGGCCCCAAAGGAGAGCAGGGGGAAAGGGGGACUGUUGGCCUCACUGGCAGGAGUGGCCCCAAGGGGGACCCAGGCGAGCCCGGUGAGAAAGGGGAGCUGGGGAGAGCAGGGUCCCCUGGGCAGCCUGGCCCGCGAGGAAAGGAGGGUGAGCCUGGUGAGAAGGGCGAUGAGGGGACCCCGGGUGAGUCGGGGCCUCCAGGAAAGCCAGGGGACAGAGGCGCCCGGGGCCCUCCAGGAUACCGUGGCCUCCCUGGGGAGAAGGGUGACCAAGGAGACCCAGGCGCCGAGGGCAGAAACGGCAGUCCUGGAGCACCAGGGAACAAGGGCGACCGUGGGGACCCGGGGCCACCAGGACCCCCAGGACGAGUUGUUGAUUCAGGAGUGCCAGGGGGCAUCGGGGAGAAAGGCGAGAAGGGAGACCCUGGGGAUCCUGGAGAGGAUGGGAUGAAAGGUGCGAAGGGCGAGGUUGGGUUGCCUGGCCCACCUGGAGAGAGGGGAAUCGAAGGCCCCCGAGGUCCCCCCGGCACGCGGGGUGACCCUGGAGACAGAGGCUCCACGGGGGAGAAGGGAGAGCGAGGCCCCCCAGGGCUGGAUGGCCGGAAUGGGUUGGACGGCAAACCCGGGCAGAUGGGCCCCAUGGGGCUGAGGGGUGACCCUGGCAAGCAGGGGGAUCCUGGUCGAGAUGGGCUGCCUGGCCUGCGGGGGGAGCAGGGCCCUCCAGGAGCUCUUGGCCCCACCGGACCACCAGGCCUGCCUGGCAAACCUGGAGAUGACGGAAAACCUGGUCUGACUGGGAAGAAUGGAGAAGAUGGGACCCCAGGAGAAGAUGGAAGGAAGGGGGACAAGGGAGAAGCUGGUGCUCCUGGCAGAGAUGGCCGUGAGGGUGUCAAGGGUGAUCGAGGAGGCGUUGGGGCACCCGGCCCCUCAGGACCACCUGGCCUCCCAGGCGUACCAGGGCACGUUGGAUCCCCAGGCCAGGGCACACCGGGCCACCCGGGGCCUAUAGGACCGAAGGGGGACCGUGGGGACCGUGGACCCAGUGGAGAACCAGGGAAUCCUGGGACUCCUGGACCACGGGGUGACCCUGGGUCAACACAGAAUGUGGAACGUGCCCUGGAGACCUAUGGGAUUAAGCUUUCCUUACUCCGAGAGAUCCUGGGAACCUAUGAUGGGAGUAGUGGUUUGAUCCCAUCCUUCUCUGAGCCACGAAGAGGCCAGAAGGGUGAUAAAGGGGAUGCAGGUGAUACAGGAUCCCCAAGGAAAGAGGGCAUGAGGGGCUUCCCUGGAGAGAGAGGCCCCAAGGGUGACAGAGGAGACCAGGGUCCCCCCGGCCCCCAAGGCCCCGUGGGACGUGCCGUCGGAGACCGAGGUCCAGAGGGGCCUCCUGGCCAGCCUGGGGAGCCUGGCAAGCCUGGAAUCCCUGGGGUGCCUGGCCGGGCCGGGGAGCUCGGGGAGGCUGGCAGGCCUGGCGAGAAGGGCGAGCGGGGUGAGAGGGGCGAGCGGGGCGAGCAGGGCAGAGAUGGCCAGCCGGGUCCUCCCGGGCCCCCAGGGCCCAAGGCAGAUGUGAUGGACGGCAGUCUCUCAGGCGUUCCAGGGGAGCGUGGACCCGCCGGACCCAAGGGAACCAGGGGUGAACCCGGUGCGGACGGCGAGAGGGGACCCAAAGGAGAUAAGGGUGACCCUGGGCAGAAGGGAGAGAGGGGAGAGGCUGGCGAGAAAGGUCGGGAUGGCAGCCCGGGCCUUCCAGGAGAACGAGGCCUGGCGGGGCCAGAAGGGAAGCCGGGCCCACAGGGCUUUAGGGGGCCACCCGGCCUGGCUGGCAGCCAGGGAGAACCUGGGCCACCAGGCCCCCCUGGCCCUGCCGGGCUGUCAGGUGCUCAGGGCCCGCCUGGAAUAAAGGGAGAUGUGGGCGAGCCUGGUGCCAGCAUCCGGGGCCUGCCUGGUCCCCAGGGCAAUGUCGGCCUCCCAGGCCCACCAGGGCCCCCUGGCCUCGUGGGACCACAGGGCACCCCAGGACUGCCAGGACAAGUGGGGGAGAGUGGAAAGCCCGGCGUGCCAGGCAGAGAUGGUGUACCAGGGAAGGAGGGAGAGGCAGGGCUGCCAGGAAAAAUGGGCGUCCCGGGACCACCAGGCCCUGCUGGACCCAAAGGAGAGCCAGGCAACGCUGGGCCCCCAGGGCAGGGCACUGUCGGGCUUUCUGGGAUGAAGGGUGAGAAGGGUGAGCCUGGGCAGAUGGAUGGGGCCCUGCUGGGCAAACCUGGUCCCAAGGGUGAUCGAGGCCUACCUGGCCCCCGGGGUGAUACGGGGGAGCCUGGAAGAGCAGGGGAGCCUGGAGACCCUGGGGAAGAUGGAGCCAAAGGAUCGCAUGGAGUCAAAGGGGAGAAGGGUUCGCCUGGGAUCGGCCUGCAGGGACCCCCUGGGCAGGAUGGGCCUCCUGGCUUGAAGGGGGACACUGGUUUGCCAGGCCCACCAGGACCCCAGGGCUCACCAGGCAUCGCAGGGACCCCAGGCCAGCCUGGCCUGAGGGGAGAAAAUGGACAGCCAGGGCCCCCAGGAGCUCCAGGAGAGAGGGGUUUGAUUGGCUUUCCUGGAAGAGAUGGCACCACUGGACCACCAGGUCCCCCAGGACCCCCAGGGCUAGCUGGGACCCCGGGCAUCUCAGGACUGAAGGGGGACAAGGGAGAUGUGGGGACAGGGCUGCCAGGAGCCAGAGGCGAGCGAGGAGACCCAGGGCCUCGGGGUGAAGAUGGGCGCCCAGGGCUGGAGGGUGAUCGUGGGCCUGCGGGGCUGCCUGGGAACCGAGGGGAGCGAGGUGACAAAGGAGACGUGGGACCAAUGGGUUUAAAGGGAGACAAGGGUGACACCAUUGUCGUUGAGGGACCGGCGGGGGCCCGUGGCAACAAGGGUGAACCGGGAGAUCGGGGCCUGAAGGGGAACGAGGGAGAUAAAGGCGACAAAGGGGACCAGGGCCUCCCAGGCGAGAAGGGUGUCAAAGGGCAGCAGGGCGAUAAGGGCUCCACAGGCUUCCCAGGAGCCCGUGGCCCUGAUGGGCAGAAGGGUGAAGUCGGUGAAUCAGGAGAGCCUGGAGAGCCGGGGCAGCCAGGAAAGGACGGGAUCCCUGGCACAAGAGGAGAGAAGGGCGACAUGGGACCAAUGGGAAUACGUGGUCCUAAGGGAGACCGGGGAAUGAAGGGAGCCUGCGGCCAGGAUGGGAGCAAGGGGGAGAAGGGGGAGUCAGGGAUGCCAGGCCGACCAGGACUGCCAGGACGGAAGGGUGAGCCGGGAGAGCUGGGCAUGUCGGGAGCCCCAGGGAUCCCUGGGAAAGAAGGCCUCAUGGGCCCCAAGGGUGACAGGGGAUUUGAUGGGCAGCAAGGAGCCAAAGGAGACCAGGGGGAAAAGGGGGACCGGGGUGCUCCAGGUAUUAUAGGUGCUUCGGGGCCUAGGGGCAGCGAUGGAGCCCCUGGGCCACCCGGCCCACCAGGGAACGUUGGACCCAAGGGCCCUGAGGGCAUUCAAGGACAAAAGGGUGAAAGAGGCCCCUCUGGGGAGUCAGUGGCAGGUACCCGAGGAGUCCCAGGGAUCCCUGGUGAGCGAGGAGAACAGGGGAACCCAGGCCUUGAAGGUGCUAGAGGAGAAAAGGGAGAGCCUGGCAUGAUGGAAGAAGAGAUCCGAGAGUUUGUGAGGCAGGAGAUGAGUCAGCACUGUGCCUGCAGCGGCCGUUACCCCUCUUCUGGAUCACGUCCUCUUCCCAACUAUCCAUCCACCCAACCAUUCUCGUCUGUUAAGGCUCAACUAGUGCCCGUGCUUAAGUUGUCCCACGCUGAAGAGGAGGGGCAGGAGACGCGAAUUGUGGUGGAUUCUGAUGACCCAGAGUAUGAGCAGAUGUACAUCGAGGACUAUGGAGAGGAUGUGGAUGCUGAGGGGACAGAGCAUCCCAUGCUGAGCGAUGCUGACCCGUGCAGCUUGCCCUUGGAUGAGGGAACCUGCAGCCGAUUCACACUGCGGUGGUACUACAACCAAAGAGUGGCUGAGUGCCGCCCCUUCAUCUACAGUGGUUGCGGCGGGAACCUCAACCGCUUCUAUGCCAAGGAGGACUGUGAUCGUCAGUGCAGGCACCAUGUGGACACAGCGCCCAUGUGGGAGCACCUUACAAACAACAAUGCCUAG